AUGGAGCCGAGCGCGGACCUGGCCUUGCUGAUUGCUGUGGUUGUCAUUGCCGCAACAGCCGUGCUGUUAGUUUUCAAGGCUGGGAAAUCCCAGAGGAAGAGUGAUCCCAUUACAUUACAGGAUCCACACACUAAGUAUCCAUUGCCAUUGAUAAAGAAAGAGGAGAUCAGCCACGAUACCAAGAAAUUCAGGUUUGGGCUUCCAUCGCCGGAUCAUGUAUUAGGGCUACCUAUAGGCCAGCAUGUUUACCUCUCUUCCAAAAUCAAUGGUAAUCUUGUCAUCCGGGCCUACACUCCAGUUUCCAGUGACGAAGUAAAAGGUUAUGUUGACUUAAUUAUAAAGGUCUACUACAAAAAUGUCAAUCCCAAAUUCCCUGAAGGCGGGAAGAUGUCCCAGUACUUAAACAGCAUGACUGUUGGGGAUACCAUCGACUUCAGAGGGCCAAACGGGCUCCUUGUAUACAAGGGGACAGGUAACUUUGCUAUCAAGCCUGACAAGAAGUCUGAAGCACACAGAAAGUUUGUAAAGCAUCUUGGGAUGAUAGCUGGAGGAACAGGAAUAACUCCGAUGUUGCAGCUGAUCCGUCACAUCACAAAGGAUCCUAAUGAUAAUACAAAGUGUUACCUCCUUUUUGCUAAUCAGACUGAAAAAGACAUAUUACUGAGAGCAGAGCUAGAAGAGGUAGCCAAGAAUCACCCUGAUCAAUUUAAAGUGCGGUAUACAUUGGACAGACCUCCUCACGAUUGGAAGUAUAGCUCUGGCUUCAUUACUGCAGACAUGAUUAAAGCAUACCUCCCUCCCCCAGGCAGAGAGACUCUUAUUCUGAUGUGUGGGCCUCCACCUAUGAUUCAGUUUGCGUGUCAGCCCAAUCUGGAAAAACUUGGUUAUCCCAAAGAUAACACAUUCGCUUAUUAA